GCAUCAUUCCCCGACCUUGGCCAUCAUGAUUGAUAUUAGGCGAUUGACUUCGGAAUCCCCUUUCUAGAAUCCACCUUCGCAUCGACAUGUCUCUUCAAGCCUCCAUCAAUCCCAAGACCGACUUAGUUCCGUACCUGUUCAAUAUCCCUAACAGCUAGCCGCCAUGAGUAACAAGUCCGCCAUGUCUAGCGCAUGGGACGAUGAUUGGGAAUCUAUUGCCGAUAAAGAAGAAGCGAAGCCGGCUAGCGCCAGAGAUCCUGUGAUCCUGACCCGAGCCGAACGCAGAGCGAAGCAUCAAGAGGCGAAUCGGGCAUUAUGGGAGAGCGCUGAUGCCGAACGAUCCAUUGAGAAGCCAGCGGACCUCUUCUUGGCGGCGCAGGAGAAGGUCCCCUUCAAGUCCGACUUCAAACCAGCCGUCAAAGUCCUCAGCCGCAAGCCGCCCGCCGCGGCCCCGAAGACGGACCUUGCAGCCGGCGUGGGGGCUCUCACAGUCAUGGACGACGAGGACGACAGCGAAGAGGAGCGCCGCAAGAAAUACGUGGCGUCAUUCCAGGAGCGACAGGAACGUGCUCGAAAAGAGCGCGAGGAGAAAGCCGCACGAUACGAGGAAGUUCGCGCCAGGUUAUUCGGGACGAGCAGCUCCAACGCCGAAGAUCAAGAGAGCUCGAAAUCCCAACGCCACUCGCGGAACAACAGCGGGAGCAGGAACCCACCCCGAGGAAAGGGACGAGGGCGAGGCAUCAACGACCGAGACUCCUCCCACAGCCCCCGUCCGUCGCCAGGGCAGUCGCCAGCAAGGUCCGCGACGGCGCAAAAGAAACAGCUUUUCGAUCCAAGCUAUACGGCCAAACCAGGCAGCGCGUACGCGCAACGGCGGGAUCCAUCAGAUCGUGGAGCCGCAACCCCUACCAACGAUGACGCACAGCAACCGAUCCGUGAACCGCGAGGGCCCGAUGGGAGUGGACGAGGUGGGUUUGGGUUUUCCGGACGGGGAAAACGAGCAUUGGGCUAGGCUGGGUUCAGCGUGAGCAAUUCGCCAUCCACGUGGUUUGGUGAUAAGGAUGGGAUCGGCGAGCACGACGACGGAGCAUCAAGGCGAGUCGACCACCAAUUCCGUGGCUUUCCCGUCACGGCGCUCUUGCGUUCCCCGGGGGGUGGGGAGUCGGCCGUUGAGCUACGGCGAAGUGUAAGAUCCGCGAAAUAGAGUUUCGCGUCACUUUCGGAUGAGUACUGGCGCAAAUAUCACGCUUCGAGUCGUGGCCAUCACCUUCGCCUAC